CAUCAUUUAUACUUGACUUUCCUUUCUCAAUAUACACAGUCGUUCCUUUCAGUUUGUUUAUGCUUUAUUUUAGUACUCAUAUGGAAGCGCCGGACGCUCAAAAAUCAUUCAUUCACCCUUAUGAUCCCGCCGUCGAAAAGGAAUACGAAACCCUCAUUAAAUCAUGGAAAGAGCAGCUUAUUGAUAAAACACCAAGAACACCUAGCAAUGACUAUGUCAGACUUGCCUGGAUGCGGUUGAUAGAUCAUUACCUAGAUCAGCAAUGGUUGGACUCUAAGCAAAUGUUACAGUGCGCGCAAGCUUGGAGCGCAAGGGACUCUCUCAGUCUUAACGAGGCUGUGCACACGAUGAAUAUACUAAGCCUAAAAUCGAUGCAGCGAUCCCUUGAUGCGCGUCAAGAACUACUUCAAGCGUUAGGUGAUCCGGAAAUGAUGGUGGGCUUUGGCCUAUAUGAAGGCGCUGGUGUGAAACAAGACCGAUUUUCUCUGACUGGUUCAGAUAAUGAUGACGAAGUACACGCUCCUCUACUCGUUAGACACACAUACGAUUCCUUAUCGUCUGCCUCUUGCGAAGAGAAAAUACUGGAGCAGCUACAGUGUGGGAUAAACCCGGAUACAUGUACCCGAUACAGUGAUGAUGACGACGACCAGGAUAUUGCAGAUGAAACAGAAGCUAUCUUGGCAACGUAUAGGGACGAGGAGCAGGAUUCACAAACAUCAAGCUCAGUAAGUCAUUUGUCUAUGGUUAGCCACGAAGAAGACAGUAUCAAGCAAGAAAUAGCCGAAAAUGAAGUACAAGACAAAAGUGAAGAUGCAUUUCCUGAACCGAGGUCACCCUUGAUGUUAUCAGUGUCUUCUCCUGAGGCUUUCUUCCCUACUUCGAAAAUAACAAAGAAACAAAACUUGCAUCGAUCUACUUCUUGGAAAGAACUAAAGUAUGACACUCGUAGCAGCUUUAGUAGCGAUGAAUAUGUUUCCUCGCAGUCAGGCGCUCAAUGGAAAAGCUGGUUUGCCGAAGAUCAACAACUGGCAUUCCCUUGUACAUUUAUUGAACAAGAACUUGAUACAGAGCACAUAGAACCGAAUACUAUAUUUUCAGCUCAACAAAGGUCAUCUCCAGUAGCUUACAAACACAUAAAGCCUUGCAAGAUACUGCGUAGUGAAUCAAGUAUCUCUACCUUCCGUCCUAUAAGCAACAACUUGGCUCCAAGGUGUCAACCUCAACAACAGCAGUCCAGGUUAUCCACUUGCUCCUUUCUGCAACAGCAAAACCAAGCCAGAUCACCCAAUAGUAUCAAAAUGAUGAAAAGUAGGUCUUUUCCAUCAAAAUCAGCUCUUUUAUCGACUUUUAAAAAGGUUUCAUCGCCACCUCCAGUGCCUCAUAAAGAGCAGCGUGGUCCUUCAAAGAUACGAUCCAUCGUCAAUAAGAAAGUUUCUUUUUCAAAAAUAUUUGGAAACAGAAAAGGCUCAUCAUCUUCUUCAUCUACUGCUUGAAUCAUCUCUUAAUAAAAAGUUUAUUUUAUAACCAA